CACCAACGCAGGAAAUGAUUUUUAAAAUGACAUCGUUAUGAAUUUAAUUUACGUGUUCAGAUUCAAAAGUUUUAUAAAAAAAAAAAGAAAAGAAUAUACUGUUUUGAAGAACCAUAUCACGAUAUAUUUUCGUUUGAUUUGAGAAAUACAGCACGUUCUGUUAUUGUAUCAUGACCAUACUUGUACUUUUUCUAUUAACUGAAAGUCGAAAAUAUCACGUGCUUUUUGUGUUUAGACUCGAAUUCAACAACGCCAGGAACUCGAAGUACUGUUACAUCAGUAUUUCGCAUAUAUUGCACAGCACCCUCGAAUGAUAGAGUGGUUAUUUUAAUGUUAUAAUUAGAAAAUCAUGUAUAAUUAAUAUUACUAAACUGCAGCGUUGAGUUUAAAGUCAGCAUUAAAUGUAGUUCUUUUUAUUAUCAUGAAAUCCAUUUCCCCUGCUCACAUGUGUCGAAAAGCUCUUUAUAUCAUUACCGUGGUAAAUUUUACCAUUGUUCUUUGAGCUUUCUGCGAUCUAAAUGUUCUCAUAUUUUCUAUAAGCACCAUUCCAAAUUCUUUUUUGGUUUACUUCUACAGAUGUCAUUCAUCUGCAACCCAGAGAACUUUAUCAUUCAUAUUUCACCUAUUUAUAUAUUUUUUAAACUGGUGCAGUUGGCAUUCCAACCAAUAUCCAGUUGUUUUGUCAACUGUCUUAUUCCAAACUUUUCUUAUAAAUUAAUAGUGCUCAUGUCUAUAUUCAUCAUACGUCUCUCUCAUUGUAGAUCCUUUGCAUUCAUAUUUUGUUGCUAUAUAAUCAGUGGUUAAAAAUUUUUAUUUUGUUCUUUAUUGAAAUUACACUUGCGCUCCAUACUUUUUUAACAGGUGCAAAGCGGUCCUUGCCUUACUUAUUCUCGUCUUAAUAUCUUCGUCGGUGCCGCCUGAGAACGUUAUCUUACUACCUAAAUACGUAAACUCGGCUACAUCCUCUAGUUCACCGGUUUCUAGUUUAAUACGUUCGCUGUUUUCUUCAUUAACUUGCAUAAUUUUUGAUUUGUCGCGGUUGACUUUCAAUCCUAGUUUGGCAGCUAUUGCUUCUAAUUUUGACGUUUUAUUUUGCAUUUGGCUAUAUGUUUGUGAAAGUAGUACUAUAUCAUCUGUUUGGCUUUCAAUCGUAGUUUCCUUCAUAAUUCAAUCUAUAACUAGUAGAAAUAAAAAGGGAGAAAGUAUACAUCCCUGUCGAACUCCUGUUUUUACUUCGAAUUUAUCCGUAGCUCUGUUUCCAUGCAAGACUCGGCAUGACAUUCCUUGGUUGUGUUUUUAAAGCUUAUGCUGUUGUUUAGCUCUGGGCCAGCUCUGAUUGAGCAGACUUAUGAUCAACAGCAUUCCAGAUGUCAUCGAAGUCGGAAUUACCUCCAGGAUGGCUUUCUCGAGAGUCAAAAACACACCCAGGAAAUUUUUUUUACUAUAACAAAGAAACUGGAUUAACUACAUGGAAAAAACCUUGUGAUGAGAAGGUUGUGGUAGAAGAUGAUGUUUCACAGAAGAAAGAUAAAGAAAGUAAAAAAGAUGCAAAGACUUCAAAGAAAAGAAAUAAAGAAAGGCAAGCUUCAAUGGUGCCUCGUGCCAUACGGACUAAAAAUCAUCAAAUUAAAAACUCUGGCUCUACUGUAUCAGCCACACCUAAGAAAAUUCUUCCAAAUGUCACUGUUCUUAAUCAGAAAAAUUGCUCUUUAGUGGCUGAUUAUGGUUCUGAUUCUGAUAAUGGUGAAAAUAAAGAACAAAAAAAGAAAACCAAAGUGCCACCAGUAAAAGAAAAAGAAGAAAACAAGAGGAAAAGAUUAAAUUCUUCUGAAAAAAAUAUAAAGGAAAGUGGGAUUUUACCUGUGAAUACUGCAAGAGAGAAAGUUCAGGUAAAAUGGAUUCAAAGUUUCCAAGAAAAGAAGUUACUUCAUUUGCCUUUAGAGGCAAAACAAGAAAAACCCCAAAAGAAAAAGAAAAAACGAUCUGUAAAAUCCAAGUCAGAAGGUUUAACAGAACCAGUAAAACUUUUAGAAGAUAGUCCUAAUCAGAAAAAAAUAGGCAAAAAGAAAACAUUUAAGAUAAAAUCCAAAACUUUAAAGAAAUCUCACAAGUUACCUGAAACAGGUGAUUCUAAUACUACCACCUCACAGAUAGAUUCUGAUUCUACAAAGAAAAAGAAAAUUGUAAAAAAGAAAAGGAAAACAGUUUCAGUACCUGUCAAUAAAAAUAAUUCUUGUGUUUUGGAUGGAAUAGAGGACCAUUCUUCAUUAGUUGAUUCUCAGUUACAAGCAACAAAUUCAUACCCAGGUGAUGUGUCAGAAAGUCUGAAAAAACCUUUACUAAUUUCUCAUGAUGUAUUUGGCUUUAAAGAUUUAACACAACCUAUGGAAGUAGAUACUUGCCAAGAAGAUGAAGCAAUGGUUGUAGAUAUUGAAGAAGUCCGUAAAAUUUUGAUUUGUCAGCCUUCAAAUGAAGUAAUGGGAGAUUUGACAGGGAGCAUUUCUGAAGAUUAUGCAGCAGUCACCAAUUCAUCCCCUAAACAGAUGGCUUACAUAAUACUUGAUACCAAUAUUUUACUCUUAAAGUCUGGUUUAGCUGUGAUAGAAAAAAUCCGGGAUGGUUUUUAUUCAGAUAUUGAAAGAUCACCAUUUAUUGUGGUACCUUGGGUUGUCAUGCAAGAAUUAGAUGCUCUUAAAUCCAAAACUCAAAUGAACUCAUCCACUGCGAAACAUGCUCAGAGAGCCAUAUCAUUUCUUUUCAGUUGCUUCAACAACAAGCAUCCUCGAAUUAUUGGACAGUCUUCAAGAGAGGCCAUGGAACAGGAUCCUAUAUUUAUUGUUGAAAACAACGAUGACAAAAUACUUCAGUGUUGUAUGCAGUUCCAGAAAAAAUACCCACACUGUUCAGUUGUGUUGUUCAGCAAUGAUAAAAACCUUUGCAAUAAAUCCAUGAUCAACAAUAUAACAGCUUAUACACAACAGUCAAUAGAGUAUGGUCUUAAAGAGCUGCUUGGAAAAUCAGAAAUUACCUUUGACUUCAAUCAUUCUGAGAAUCUAUCAGUUAAUGAUGGACCACAUUCUGAAAAAUUAUCUGAUGCUACUACUGAAAAUGGAAAUCGAGAAAAUAUAAUUGCCACUCAGAUUUUUAUUAAAAUCAAAGACAUCUUAGAAAAACUACUUACCAAAAUAUUAGAAACUGAAAUGAAACUGGCGUUUGAUGAUAUCUGGAUGGAUAUAGUUAUCCGAAAGCCACCGUGGGAUCUAAUAGACAUUUUAUUUUGUAUUAAAAAGCAUUGGAUUGCUGUAUUUGGAAUGAUUUAUGAUGGAAAUUCAAAAGAUAUUGAAGCAACAUUUAUAUCUCUCUAUGAAUAUUUCUUUUCAGAUAAAGAUCCUAUUAAAGAGAUGGAGCAAGUGCUUUCCCUGAUACGCAAUAGUCAUUUUGUGUUGAAACCAUUAGCUACUAAGUCUUCUGACUAUCAGGAGGAUAUUAAUCAGUACUUAAAAAUCUUAAAUCUGUUGGAAACAAUUUGUACAGAGAUUAUCUCUAAAACAGUGGAUGUAAAUACAAUCAAAAGUAUUGAUGAACUUUUGGUAAAAUAUGCUGAAGCUAAGGUGGAUCAUGGCUCUGUAAGUAAAUCUGGUUCUGUUAUGUUUAAUGAAACAUUAGCACUCAACAAAUUUCAGAAAGUAUGGGAACUUCUCAAUCACUACUGCCAAGAGGUGGAGCAGGCUCUUCAAAGAGACCCAUCAGCUGAAACAUGCCAGCAGAUCUUAACAACUCUUCAAAAUUCUAUUCCUGCUAUGGAGACAACUUACAUUAAUUUCUCAUGUUGCCUUGCAAUGAAUAUUGAAAAACCCUGUGAUACUGAAGCAUUCAAUUCUUUGUCAAAUCAGCUAAACCUGUUGCUCUCUGAGUUAGAAGGCCAUGACAAUGAACCCAAAGUCACCAGUGCUCAUCUACAAGCUUUGUUUUUUCUUCCAGAUAAAAGAGAAAUGUUGAACAAUGGUCUUGGCCAACUGGAAAACAUGAUUCGUGGUUUGCGUACAUAUCACUCAAAGUUAAUAGCAACGUGACAAAAGUUAGUUAAGUAGCCAAUAUUUGGCUGGUUAUUUGCAAUAAUGUCACCUUCCAAACUGACUUUUUCAAGUUGAAUUACAUAACAUCGAAGCUAAUCAGAUUUAUGAUUUGCUAUCAAGGUUAUUAAAUACUAUUUGUUUAAAACAGAGUGUACUGUUGUUAUUGAUAUGACAGGAAUUAGAAAUAAGUCUCAUAUAACCUUUAUAGUUAAUAAGGAACUCCUUUUUCAUUUGUGAUUGUCUUAUUUCACUUAAUGUUACAAAAAUGAAAUGAUAAAAAGAAAAAAAUUAUUAGCUUUUAAGCAAUUAUUCUUUUUUCUUUGUUUUUUUUUCCCCACCAAAUUUCAUACACACAGAGGCUUGCAUGCAUUUUUGCACAUAGAUGUAUAUGUGCAUGUAUACAUGCACCACCACCUACUCACAUACUCAUACACAUCCACCAGCGAAUGUGUGCACAACACGAAGAUGUAAGACAUCUUGAGUGACUCAGGGUUUAUCUUCUCCCGAACUUACUAUCCCAAUGAAGUUGUGAUGUAUUAUUCUGCUAGAAUAUUAAUUCUUUAAGAAAGUUAAGCAUUGCUAAUCUUCUUGCAAUUCUUUGAGAUCAAACAAUAUCAACCGCAUUAUCUUCAUCACUUUGGAAAGGUCUGAAAAGACUAUGAGCAUUUUAUUCCCAGUUUGAAUAAAAAUAGAAAAGGUAAACGUGAUUAGUUGGAGAAAAAUAAGUAAUUUUCUCACAAGGCUAGAUAAACUGAAGCAAGUAGAAUUGUCUUACAUAGAUACAAACACAACAAAACAGCCACACUGAGACACAAAUUCAGUAAUCAUUUUAUUAUUUUACCUGUAUGAAUUUCUUAGGUAAUAAUACAAAAAUGCUACUGGAAGAUACUCAGGUUCUACAUUGUAUUGCCACCCUCAGACUUCUAGGCAAGCGUACCAGGUGUCUCAUAUCACCAAGCUUUUUUUCCAAAUCAUUUUCCAACAUUUCAGAACAUCCUUUCUUCAUCUUUCUCACUUUUAUAAUUCCUAUUUACAUUGCAUUCAGGUUUAUGAUUAUACUUUAAGAAAAAGUAAUUUGAAAGAAAAACUAACAACAAUCUUGAUUUAAUUAUGUACAAUACAUCACAUUAGUAAUUAAUACCUUAUUUUUUCUGUGAUAUUUAAGUCAGUAAGCUCACCUGAACAUCUUCAUCUAUAUUUAUAUUUUUAUCUCAAUCUCACCUGUUCUAAAUUAUCUAAAGGGAGUAAAAAAUUGUCUUCAAUGUUUUCUAUUUUUACAAAAUGAAGAAAAACUGUAAAAUUUUGUUAAGAAAAAUAAAACUUUAAAUAAUGUU